ACUGACCUUCGACUUCUAGGAUUGGCAAGUCAACUACCAAGCCCAACUGGUCUGUCACGACCUAUUGUGCUCAUUGAGCAUACAAUAAUUCUGAAUUGUGGAUCAAACUUAUACUGCAAGAAUGACACGAGUGAGGGAGGCGUCGUAUUAUCUUAGUCAUUGGGCUACCCUAUCGUCUGACGAUGCCAAUGAAAAACCUGCCGAGCUAUUUGACACCCAUCCACUGACUGAAAUGCUGCUCAGCUCUGAGGCGGAGGCAUCCAAAAGCGAGUACUUGACACUGAUUGAGAAUAACUGGCGCUCGGAAUGGCAUCGAAACGGUGUUCAAGUUCCUGUAUGCCCUAUGGGAGAAAUUCCUCGGCCUGUCUACAGGAGGAUCUCGUGUCAGAACUUAGAGCAUGCAAUGCGCACUACACAAAUCCAGCAGGCAGUACAUUCUGUGGGUGUUCGUGGCCAGACGUCGCUUACAAUAAGUCGAAAAGCACCUGCGUACCACCUUGACAACCUAGAUUGUGCCUGGAUUUCGACUGUUAACGAAGAACGAGAAUGUCUUGAUAUGGUUCUGAUCACGGAUUGGAUGCUUGAAGUGGUUAUGGAAGCUCUGGAACAUUUGACCUACGUGAAGAUGCACGAAAAAUUAAAAGAACUUGAAGCACAAACACUGGAAUUCGAUGAGAAUGCGAAGUGCGACGUAUGCCAGUCCUAUGAAGGUGAGGACGGAAAUGAGCUGGUGUUUUGUGAUGGCUGCUUUGUAUGUGUGCACCAAGCUUGCUAUGGUAUUUCAAAACUCCCGGAAGGUGCCUGGAUUUGUCGCCAAUGUGAAGUCGGAGUAAAAUCGACGACGCCUUGUUCCCUCUGCCCGAACACUGGUGGCGCUAUGAAGAUGACCGAAGAUAACACCAAGUGGUGCCACAUCAGUUGUGCUCUUUGGGUUCCGGAGGUCGGCUUUGGAAGCGUCGAACUGAUGGAGCCGGUCAUCCGUGUUGAUGAAAUACCUCGUGCCAGGCGCAACCUUGUGUGUUCCAUCUGUCGCUCUCGUUAUGGAGCUCCAAUCCAGUGCUCAAACAAGAAGUGCAAGGUUGCUUUUCACGUUACCUGCGCCUUUCAAAGCAAUCUUGUAAUGCGACAAGAACUUACAGACAAGGACGUACUUCUUGUGGGUCUUUGUGCGAGGCACUCUCGCAAGGAACAGCAGCGGGAGCAGUCAAAGGGUACUCCAACGAAGCAUUUAGUCACCAGGAGUUAUCUCACUCCCGUUAAAUCUGGGAAUCGAUCUCCUAGCCCUGCCUCAGAUUUCGAACAAUCUGGUGCUUUUGUGAAUCGAAAUCAGAGGUUGCUGGAAUUGGAGAGCACUUUCUACACUUUGAUCAGCGAGAAGGAGCUGGAGAUUUGGUUAGCCAACGCCGGUGUCUCUGUGACUGAUGGAACCAACUGCGAUGGUACGAAGGAUUCAAGCCAUUCUAAGAGGCUCUCAAUUCCAAACGAUGUUUGCUCUGCGAUAACGGUGUACUGGAAAUUGAAACGCCGCGCGAACUUCAAUCAACCACUGGUCAAUCCAGCUCCAUCUCAGUGGCGUCAAACAGCCACUAAGGCAGCCGAGACUACCAAGGAAGCCCUAGCACAAGCUGCUCGGUUGGCAGCUGACAUGAGGGCAUUCGACGCUUUUCGCCGCAUACGCUUUGGUCUUGACCGAGCGCGUCUUGUGGCGGACAUGGUUUUGCAACGCGAACGACGCAAACUGGCUUUGUUUAGACGAAUGUGGCGUAUAUCGGAGCACCAACUACGUGUAUUUUCUUGUAAGAGGAUGCCCACUAUGUCCGAAGUUGAUUUCGCCUUUUACUCAACUGUACACAAGGGGGAUUCGGUGUACGAUAAUGCCGAUCUGUUCUCCAGAUACAGUGCACUAAGUCGAGUAAAGGAAUACGAUGUGUCCACCGGGUCCCGAUCCCCGGUGACUGAAAGACAUAAGGUUGCUACAACUGCUGUGUGUGGCUCUCCGCCAAGCGGAGUGUCAGAGAGCGCUACACCAGCGCAAAGGCCAAUCACUUCUUCCUCCGACGUGUACACAAUCCCCUAUGAACAGCUUAUCGUUCCGGAGGAUAUAAAGCAGAGAUUACGUUCAGCGAUUGCCCUGAUAACCAAUUCUGCAACUAACACAGGAUGGCUGCCCUUACGUUCGAGGGACAAACUGAAAGAAAUCAAUGAAGGCAAAGCAGACAUUGGUAUUUUUCAAAGACGACCCCUUUCCUCUUUCACCACCAACAAGAAUGCGUACCAGACGCGUACGCCGAUGGAUGCACUAGAAUUGAAACUGUCCGAAAGCGGGAUGAUGAUGAUGGGGACACCGCCAAAGCGUUUCAAACGCUGUCAUCUUACGACCUCCAGCACUGAUGAUGACUUGUACUCGAACCAUUCAGUCCCAAUUUUGACCAAAUUCGCUACCAUAAAACUCACUCCAAGUUCGCUACGGUUGUUGUAAUUUGAAUACUCCUUGUCCUUCAUCUUUCGUGUACAUUAUCUCCUGACCGAAUUCUCAUCUGUCCUACUCAACCACAGCACAUUGUGAUAGUCAUUCCAUGCCAAGUCGACUGGUGGUCAGUUGCGGUUCAUCGACUUCUUAUUGAUCAUACGUUUCCAUCCACUGGUGCAUUUCAAGCUUUCAUUCCGCAUUGAGUUUUAUCUUGAAUAAAAUUGUUAUUCAUCUAU